UUGGAAAAUGGUUAUGUAAAAAUGAAUUAUGACUGUUUUUGGCACUUAAACCCUCGCAAACGUCAAAUGUGAGCCUUGAGGGAAAGUAAUAAAAUCCGCUCAAAAUGCAGGAUAUGGGCCCUUUAAAGCUCAUAAAAACUUGGAGGUGUGUCCCGUGGCUUCCACAGAACAAAAGGCAGGGCCAGUUUUCCCCAGUGUGCACAGCAGACCUUUUUCUCUGUAUGUUUGAGCAUGUAGCCCAUCAAGAAGACGUUUCUUUUCCAGAGCUUUUUAUAGCAGUUGUUGGUAGUCCAACUGGCUACGUAACACCGCAGUCUAACAAUUGAAAGCACCAGAUUAUUGUGCUUUUCUCUCACUCUCUGGGGAAUUCCAAGGCCAAAAAAAACCUCCCACACCAGUCGGCAUUAACAAGCAUUAAGCUGUGUAAGAAUGCACAAAGUGAGUUUAAACACAAAAACGGCCAUGUUUACAUGGACAUUAGCUAUAUAUAGUCAAUAUAGUUAAAAUGAUUAUACAUGAGCUUGGCCUAAAUAAUGCUUAGUGAGGUUGGGUUUGUUUGAGGUUGGCAGUGAUUGUUGUUCUGGCACCUGAGUAUUUCAAGUAUUUCCACCAUGUUUUCAAAAUGCGUGCGUAAUAUAAUUGUUGAGAUGUAAACAAAGUUAUUGAUUAGGGUUUGGUGUUACGUGGUGCAUUGUAAAGAAACUUAAAGUGCUGAAUUCUCUACAGUGGUGGUGAUGGGAACCAAGGGUCUUGAUGUCUACAACACAAAUAUAGCCAUUUUAUUGACUAUCCAAAAUGACCAGUGUAUUUAGAUGUAAUGUUAAAAAUGACACAACAGUGGUAAAUCUGAAACGAACACAAAAACCUAAAAAAAACUUAGGAGUCUAUUUUUUUGCUUUACAAUACUCUGUAUGUACUGCCUUCCCCAUUAAUGUAUCAAAAAAAUCUACAUUUUAGGCCAAAAAACAAAAUGUCUCCGGCAUCAGACAGAGUAUUUGUAACCACUUCAUGUAAUCGUAUGCUGUGAUGUGAGCUUUUAGAGCCGUAAAAAGCCUUGGACGUCUGGUUCCCACCACCACUGUCAACAAUUUUGACAUGAUAUUUCAAAUUAGACCACAUUGAAUGACUUUGUUUGCACCAGUAAGGCCUAGUUUAUGUCAAAUAGUUGGAAAGAGUUGAGAACCCUGUGAUUAGUUGGCGUAAAAGACAGGAUCCAGUCAUGUUUUAGCAUAAUGGUUUUACCUUGCAAAGCAAAGUAAAAUGUACAUUAAUUAGCCCCAUCACUUUUUCUAUACAAAUGAAUUUUCAGAGGAAUGAAGUUAGUAACAUAUGAGGCUAGAGAGUGUCGUGAUUGAAGUGAAUAAAGGGUCAUAUUUAUUUUGGUGCUUGUAUUGUCUUUCAGGAGAUAAAAAGGCAGAAAAGGUCUUAAUUUGGUCAUAAGCCAUAUCGUCGCUUAUGUGAUCCACAGUAAGCCAGUAACUUGUGACUUUAGCAAGAAGUGAAAAUGCUGUUUGUUGAAUGUUCAAUAUGAUCUGGUAUAAUGGAUCAAAUACAUACUUUUUUAGCUUUUCCUUGCGAAGCUGUCUAAAUUAAAAAUUAACCAAGAUACUACACUAUUAAUAGCACUAGUAGAGGCUUACUGGUGUGACAUGCCACUGCUAGGUUAUGUGGAAAGUGUGGCAGAGGUGCACCUGAGAGAGGCUUCAAACUGGACUAACCUGUCCUCAGCAGGUCCCAUGCCCUUAGCUCACAAACAAGUGUCCAGCCAGUCUGAGGUGAAGGAUGUUCCUGAUUGCUGUGUAAAGGCCACCACCUCAUCUUCUCCAACUACAGUGGGCGUCUGAAGAGCCUCCCGCUUCUGCGUUCACGUGUGGCCGUACUACCAUGAGCAAUUCUACUCCAUCCACAGCUAAUGGCAACGAGAGUAAAACGUACAAAAGAGACCGAUCUCCGUGCGGCCCCUCUCGCGUCCUCCACGUGCGCAAGGUUCCCAUCGAGGUCUCUGAGGCCGAGGUCAUCUCAUUAGGAAUCCCCUUCGGCAAAGUUACCAACCUGUUGAUGCUCAAAGGGAAAAACCAGGCGUUUAUAGAAAUGGCUUCAGAAGAAGCAGCCAUCACCAUGGUGAACUACUACACCACUGCCACUCCCCACGUUCGCAACCAGCCCGUCUACAUCCAGUAUUCUAACCACCGCGAGCUGAAGACCGACAACCUGCCCAACCAAGGGAGAACACAGGCAGCCCUGCAGGCUGUGAACGCAGUGCAUUCUGGGAACAUGACGCAUUCGGCGUCGGCCAGCGACAGCAGCAUGAUGCCCGGGCAGAGUCCUGUGCUGCGCAUUAUUGUGGAAAACCUCUUCUAUCCUGUUUCUCUGGAAGUGCUUCACCAGAUCUUCUCCAAGUUCGGAACAGUCCUGAAGAUCAUUACGUUCACCAAGAAUAACCAGUUCCAGGCCUUGCUACAAUAUGCAGAUCCCAUGAAUGCACAUCACGCCAAAGUGACUUUGGACGGUCAGAACAUCUACAAUGCCUGCUGUACACUGCGUAUUGAAUUCUCUAAACUGACCAGCCUGAAUGUGAAAUACAACAACGACAAAAGCCGAGAUUUCACCCGGCUAGACCUGCCCUCAGGAGACGGCCAGCCCACGCUGGACCCGGCCAUGACCGGUGCCUUCGGCGCUCCUGGAAUCAUCUCUUCUCCAUACGCUGGAGCGGCUGGUUUCGCUCCCGCUGUUGGUUUCCCUCAGGCUGCAGGUCUCUCCAUGCAGGCCAUGCCCGGCGCUCUGGGACCCCUCACUAUCCCCACCUCGGCUGUAGCCGGACGGAUGGCCAUCCAUGGCAUGGCCCCCACUGCCCUCCACUCUGUUCUCCUCGUCUCCAACCUCAAUCCUGACAGUAUAUCACCACACGGCCUGUUCAUCCUGUUUGGAGUUUAUGGGGACGUCCAAAGAGUUAAGAUUCUGUUCAACAAGAAAGAGAAUGCCUUAGUACAGAUGGCGGAUGCCACACAGGCCCAGCUCGCUAUGAGCCAUCUGAAUGGUCAGCGGCUGCACGGCAGGGUGAUCCGGGUGACCAUCUCCAAGCACCAGACAGUCCAGCUGCCACGAGAGGGUCAGGAGGAUCAGGGUUUGACCAAGGAUUUCAGUGGCAGCCCAUUACACCGCUUCAAAAAACCAGGCUCCAAAAACUUCCAGAACAUCUUCCCACCCUCAGCCACCCUGCACCUCUCCAACAUCCCGCCCUCUAUUGCGGAUGACAUGCUGAAGGACCUGUUCUCGAGUGCGGGAUACAAAGUCAAAGCAUUCAAAUUUUUCCAGAAGGACCGUAAGAUGGCUUUGAUCCAGCUGGGUUCGGUAGAGGAGGCCAUCCAAGCGCUAAUCGAACUCCACAACCACGACCUGGGCGAGAACCACCACCUACGAGUGUCCUUCUCCAAAUCCACCAUCUAACGCCCUUCCUCUCUGCCCUGCUCACUUCCUACUUACAGCGGCGGCCGGACUGGUUAAUUAUGAGUGACACCUGACCAAUGAACUAUGAACCUAAAGACAAGGAAAAAAAAGCAAAAUAAAAAAAAUUAAAUAAAAAAAAUAAACAUAAUCGGGUAGGUUUAGAGACUUUUAGGGAUGAAAAAAGUUUAAAGAAGCUAGAGACUACUGUAUAGCCUUCAGGUAGAGACUGAAGGUGUUUUUCUUUUUAUUUUUUAAGACUUGUCCUGAAUUCAGGGCUGGAGAUGCGGGAGCUUCCGUAGCAAGGAAGCUGAUUCCUCUGUUCUUAACAGCCAUCACAGCACACACGUUUGAACGGUGACCUGUCGCAGCAGACUUGCACAGGAAGGACGUUUUCUGAACAGUUAAAGUGCUGAAAAUGAUUUCUGCUGCACCGACUGACUUUCGCUGAGAAAGUCGGAGAUGGACACUCCUGUAGCCCAAUAGCCUUGUUGCAUUUGACCACUGGCACUAUCUACCAUAACUGUUGGCGGUUUCAACCAAGUGGGUGCGACAUCAUCCAGGCACGCUUCUUUGAAUGUCUCUGAUGUCAUCACAAGGUGCUGCUGGAUAAGAAGCCCUGUAGCGACAUUUCUUACCAACGGGCUGACCCUAAAAUUUUGAGUAGCAGUAAAAUAUGGGUGUGAUGGACAAAAUGACAGGCUCCCUUUCAAGACUCAGCUGGUUCAGCUUACCUCCUGCUCGGUCUUUGAACUGAAGACAGGCAACGUGAGGAGAGUUUUUGACCUUCGUAUGUGUUUACUGCCCAGACAGUACGGAUCUGUGAAUAGAUGGUGAAUGGUGAGUGGUAAUGCUUUUGAUUUCGCCUGUGAAUUGGGGGGAUAUAUUUUUUGUUUGUUUUUUGUUUGUUUGUUUGUUUUCUUUUCACAAACGGACAAGGCUGUUAUGGGCCCACCUCACCUGGACGGCUGUCUUGAUGCAUUCACGCACGACUGACUGCGUGGGAUGCUGACCAUGACUGUCAGCGGCUGAGCCGGAGAGAACCGUUUUUACAAAACAGAAAGAAAAACACAAAACAAGCAAACGAAGAAAAAAAAAACAUGCACGACCAUUCCAGGAAAGCAUGGCCAGCUGUUGUCAAUCUUACUGGAACACUCCAAUCAGCAGUGCCCAGCUGUCAGGAGGCCCCGCCCUCCUCUUCAGUGGAAUUUUGAAUGUGAAUGAUGUAGCCCCCUGACGAUGCUUUCUUGUUGGGAAUUGAUUAAUGCUCCAUUCGGUUCCCCCCUUUUAGCCUAAUUCGAUUCUCAGAACCAAACGCAUUUCCUUUUUUUUCUCUCUCUCUUUUCUGUCUUGUGACACGAUGGCAAGUAAUCUCUAGGAGCGAGUCUUGCCGGGUCUCUUUCCAUAGAGCUAGACUGAGUAGAACAGACCUGUUUGGAGACUCCGUUCUGCUGAUUCUGUUUCUAUGGUUUCCUCUCCCUCCUUGGCUGUGAGGCCUGGUCUUCUUCUUAAAGGGAUCCUGCAGCAGUAAUGGCUCUUAUUCUGUCACUGUACAGCAGCCACUCUCUUUUGCCUUGCUGUCCCACACUAAAUGCCUCCACAUCUGAAUGAAACCAAAAAACCCAGAAAAUUAGCAAGGGAGAGAGAGAGAUCGAGAGAGAGAAGGUGUGUCCUUGUGGAACUGGGAGCUGUCCCUGCUGAAACUACCACUGCGUUACAGAAGUGCUCAUAAUACAUUGAAAUGUGCUGUAACGCUGUUAUAACGCAUUAUAUUGUGACACGACUUCAGUAGGGAUGCUUAGCUCUCAUUGUGUGUGUGUGUGUGUGUGUGUGUGUGUGUGUGUGUGUGUGUGUGAGUGUGUGUGCGCGCGCAUAGUGCUGUUCAAACAAGUGGCUGAAAUCUGUAAAACAUCAGGACCAUAGGACAGGGGUGCGAAAUCCUGCUGCCAGAGAACUAACAGCCUCCAGAUUUGAGACUUAACCCUGAUCUACUACACCUGCUCCUGAAGAUGGACUGGGCCAGGAGUAUUGAGCACUAUUUGAACUGGUUCGGCUUUACCACAGGAGGUUCUGGAAUGGGAUUUGACUGGCUGAUUCAUACGAGCUAAAGUAUCUGUGUAGUUCCCUAAAAUUAUCACAUAUAGUUGGAUUGAAACAUUAUAGCUGAUAGGUCAUAAAAAACAGGACAGAAUCAUGGAUGUGAACCCAAAGUAAAGAAUAAAAUUGGGCAAAGAAGCUCUGAAAUUUUCAGAUAUAUGUAUAUGCAUAAAACAAUUCUGAACCCGAUUGCGGUUCAGGUAAAAUCUGUGCACACUGUAGAUUCAUACUUCAUUAAAAUCACAGGUCUCCUCAGUAAUCCCAUAAAUCACAGAACCUCCUCUGGUCAAACUAAUCCAGCUCAAAAGAGGUUGAGACUAAAGUGCAGGCUGAUAGACGUCCAGCAGCAGGUUGACCACUCCGGCUCUCUAGUGCAUAACUUUGUGCAAACAGGCAAGGUGCUGUGUCGUGCUGCCAAGGUCUAGCCUUAACAUUCCAAGGAGGGUCACUGCAGACCCACUAGAGGGCGCUGCUCCUGUUCCUGACUCAAUGUUGUGCCUGUUUGAGUCCUGUAUUAGAAAAGAUCUCACAAGCAAGAUCAGCUCAACAUACAACGAAGAUACAGAAAUGCAAGGCAAGGGACAGUGUCUUUAUUUUCCUUCUUUUUUUUCCUUCUGCUAAUUUUACCUGAAGCGAUUCCACACUUCGCUAACACUUCUCAAAAGAAAUUGAAAGAAUUUUUUUGAAGUUUACAGUCUUAAAGCAAAACUAUUCAGGUCUAUAUAUCUUAAGGAUUGUCAAGAUUUUUUGGAAAAAAAAGAAGUUACUUAUUUUUGGUAAUUUGUUCUUUUUUAUGGAGAGAAACAGAAAAAAAAACAAAUUUGAAACCUCAUUGGGUUUUUGUACCACUAUAAUCAUUCAAAAAAAAUCAUGGUGAAAAAAAAAAAUCAUAUUUACUGUGUAUUUACUUAAUUUUUCUUAUUAUGUGCCUUAUAAUGUGUUUAUAAUCAAAUAGGUUUUAGAAAUAUUACCUAAGAUAUCUUAAGUACUAUUUUGUGGGUUGGUGAGAGGGUUGAUUUUAUUUGAUCUUUUAUUUUCUCGUAGGGUUUUUUUUAGAUGUGUAUUUUUGUGGGGACUCAGUUACUGUGUGGUCUUUAUUCGAAUCUUAAGUUAACGUUUGGUGCUUUGAAUGCACGUUGGAGAAAUGAAAGGUUACAUCUGAAAAGCUCUGUGUGCUGUGGGUCUCCUCACUUGUGUGAAUGCUGAGAAAAAGAAGGGUCUUGCGUAGUUUAAGAUGAAUUUCAGAGGCUUUUAAACCUUUAUUCUGUCUCCAGAACAAAGUGCUAGCCUUAGGAGGUUGUGUUGGACGUUGUGGACCGCUGGCUUGACAUGACGAAAUGGCAUGAAAUGAACACAGCAAUGCCGCGAGCAUCUAAAACGGUCUUUUCAAAGAGAACUGUCUAUUUUAUUGAUCAGACUUUUAAAUACCUUUCUUAAUUUUUAACAUUCGGCCCUUUAUCUGCUGUAGUUACGGCAGCCUUAAUGUUUCCCCAGCAUUCAGAUUCACAUCAGCAUGAUUAUAUUGGUGAUUAUUUUCAAAUGAGCAGCAGCCCAUUAAGUGACUCAGUAAUGAUUUAUUCUCACGGGUUUGCAUCAUAAAUGCAUGUUCAUGUGGAAAUAAUUGCUUGUGCAGAAAUUAUUAACGUGUCACUUGAUUACAGUCGCAUAAGGCUGCCUUUUAUAUGAGCUCCAAUUGGACUGGCUAUGAGAUUAGUUCCUGAUACUCUAAAGCCUGUUAUUAUUACAAAGCUUGAACAUGAAUGUCAUGCACAAGCGCUACUGCAUUAUGAAUCAGUUUAUUAUGUGCUGUAUAUGUAAAUUAUAAAACAUAUGGCUUAACCCUCAAAAGCCCAGAGCUGUUACUAGUGUCUCACUGUGCUAUUUAAGUGUAAUUGUGUAAUAACAUAAUUUAUUAGUUUUGUAAUGACUUAUGUUAACGUUCUCUUCACACCGUGUAUUGACAGUUUAGAUGAAAUGAUGACGAAAACAAAAUUGUAAAGAUUUAUGUAAAUGUUCAUUUUUCCCACUAAAACAAGACCUUACACAUAAUAGUGACUUUUCAUCAAAUUCAAAUCAUAAUAAAACAUAUCCUGAUGUUCUUACAAACACCUCUGUGGAUCAACAGAACUUCUUCACUUGUUCAAUCAUCUACAAGUGAGAACCAUGACUAGUACAGGCCAUCAGAUUGGGCCAUGAAUAUCAAAACCCACCUUUACAGUAAUGGUAAUAUCUGGUAAUACCCCUCUAUGGGAUUUCUAAUACAAUGUUAGCACUAAGCUAAUGGUCAUGUACAUUAACUUUUUUUUGGCCAUUGUAGGUUAAACAUAGACAUUUGCAACAAACAUUAACAUAUAUUUUAUCUUGUGUGACUCUUUUAGUAAAGAGUCCUGGAGAUUUCUGACUGAAAUCUGGUAGAAUACUGAUGGUAUUCAGAGUCAGUGAUGUAUCUACCACUUAGACCUAGACUGAUGUUUUUCUCACACCUACUGUAAAUCAAAACCUGAUUGGUUGAUUCCUUUGUCACUUCCUAAUUACAUUAGUAGCUAAUCUAACAUGCAACGCCCUCAGUCCUAACUAAUGGGAGCUCAUCUUGCUGUAUAUACCUAGACCCCACUGAGAAAACAGUGAUUGCACAAUAUUUCAUUGGCUGUUCUGGGAUUUUAACUCUGUUUAAAACCAAAACUUAAAGAAAUGAGAGUAUUACCACAACAUCGCCCCCACUGUUCAUAUUAAAUUACUGCAUGCUUUUGGUAUCCCCAGCACUAGCUUUGAUUUCUAAGGCCUAACUGAUCAGGCUAAAUUGACCAACCUGAACCCUGUCCAGAAAAGCCUAAACGGUUGAUGAGAUGUUGUCAUCCUACGCUCAAAAAGAGAAACCCACAGCAUCCAGUGCAGCUUUUCAGGUUUGCCUUCAGUAGUGCUGUUUUUGAGCAUAGCUGUCUGAGACCUCCCCUAUGUGUGUGUGUGUAUGUGUGAUUGUGUGUCUGUGUGGUUUUUGGAAUUUUAUCUUAUUUACUGUAUCUUAUAAUGAAUUCAUUUUAGGGGGUUUGGCCUGUUUUGUGCUCUGUAGUGAUAUUUUUUGUUCUUGUUUUUCUUAUUUUGUAAGGAUGUGAAAACUGGCUAGGUGGUGGUCAGUCUGUCUGUCUGCAUGGGCAGAGUCACCCUUUCAGAAAAGUCGUAUGUAUUUUACAUGUGAAGCGUCUAAAAACCAUGUGACCGCAAGUAAACACACGUAAUUUCGUGAAUAAAAUGUGAUAAAAUGUGAUGUUCUGAAACAGCUCAUGAUCACACGUUUUUGCAUGUGAUAACACCUUUUCUCCUUUAUGUUAUCAUGUUUUUCACGUUAUCGCGUUCUUCCGCGUGUGAUCAGACUUUUUUUUACAUAAUCACUUUUUUCACGUGAUUACCCAGUUUUCACAUGAAUCUUUCACAUUUGAUCAGUUUUUUUUUUCCAUUUUUAAUCACGUUUUUCUAAGUGAUCACAUGUUUUUCCACAUACGUGUGAAAAAUAACAUGCUAGGCGUCUAAAAAACAAAUACGAUUAUUCACAUGUGAAGUAAAUGUGUUUUUUCUGUAAGGGCAGCUGUUCUCCUCCAGCGUUAAAGAGCGAGAGACAGAGAGAGGGUGAGUGAGUGAGAGACUGAGAGCAAGAGCUUUGUUCUGAUCACUAAACACCAGUGCUGGUGAGUGUGUGUAUCAGUGUGUGUGUUGAAUGCUGUUAAAGUGGCGGAGUGAUACGCUCUCGCUCCUCUGCUGGCUGGGUGCGGGUACCAUUGUCUGCUUUGGCUCUAAAGCUUUUCAUUUACAAACAGGAGAAAAAGCCAGACUUCAUAAACACACGGCACUAAAGCAGUUCACUCUGAAAACGUUUGUUCAUACCGUCAGACUGCAUCUCGAGGCUGUAUUUUUCUUUCUUUUUACUUUAUUUUACUGUUUUCCUCGACUAAAUCAUUCUCGAUCCUGUCUUGACUCAGGCAACAUUGUCCCGCCAUGAUGUAAGACAAUUUCCUGUUGGUAUCAGCCUGUCACUCAAAAACGGUUUGAAACAUCUUACUUUCAAGGUUUUUUUUUAUGGGUUUUAUACUGAGAAACUCACAAAUAACGCAGGACCAAAGUUUAUGUGCCUUUCAUCUAGCUUAUUUGUAUCUUUUUCUUUCUGGAUGUAUAUCAGAACCUUCUUUUUCUUUCGUGUUGUUUCUUUUUGCAUUGUUGUUACAAAGUCUGGUUUCCACUGAAGCGAAUGUGUCUUAUGUUAUCGGUUUGUUUCCCCUAAAACAGAAGGUCAAGCCAUAUCUGCCCCACUAACUGGCUACUAUUAUGAUAUUGAAUGUUUUUUUUCCUUUUUGCCCUUGUUGAUCUGAUUGAACAAACCUGCAUGAAAGCUACGCUGUGUAUUUCAUUGACGGCUCACUCGACCUAUAGCCUUGGUUGCUAGGGUUAGGUUAGUAAUUCGGAAUGAAAAGGACCAUGACCGAUUAGAUCAUCAUCUCAUCUUAAUACAAAUUCAGUUAAGAAAGCUUUAUUUCAAAUGUGCAAGAUGUAAUGAUUAAUUUAUUAAUGAAAAACCAAAGGAAUUUGACGAAAAUUAGACUAGUGGGGCACUGUUGAGCUGAAAAAUUGCUUUAAAGCAGAGAAGUCGAACCUUUUAAUUAAAGUACGGGUGCAAUGGCUGUUUUGUGCUCUUUGCAGUUUUAUCCUAGUUUGUGGGUGGGAUGCUAAUAGUGAAGUCACCUGCUGCAAUACUGUAUAAGAUUUUUAGUGAAACAAAUGCAGAUCGCUCAGUGACAGACUGGCUAGUAAAGAUGACUGGCAGUAAAAGAUUAGACACAGUAUAUGCUUGAUUUGCCUUCCAGUCAUAAGAAAUGAAUAUGCAUUUUAUAUGUUAUUUGACUAAGCAGAUGACUUAUGGACUGUAGGCAACGAGUGUGACUUGAUCUAACUAACCCUAGAUCAAGUCACAUUAGUAACAUGACUGGCUAAUGUAAUGCUAACCUAGAUCAACUUACAUUAGUAACAUAGCGCAAGUUACGCAGUGUAACAAACCUAAUUCUAACUUAGAUCAAGUUACGUUAGUAACAACUUAUGUUAGUUACAAUUUAUGUUAGUAACAUAAUGUAAGUCCCAUCAAUAACAUAAGGUAACGCGUGUUGCGUUACGCUAGAUCGAGUUACAUUAGUAACAUAACUAACCUAACUCUAACCUAGAUCAGGUUAUGUUAGUAACACAGCUAGCGUGGUGGUGAGCUACAUCAAGUUACAUUUGUAACAUAUCUAACGUAACACUAACCUAGAUCAAGUUACUUUAGUAACAGCUUGAACCAGGAAUUCCAUUGGCUGAACUAUUUAACUAAACAAAUCACAUGCAAAAUAACUUCCGUUGCACUCAUACUUUAAACCUUGGCGUUAAAGUAAUGUUUCUUAACUUCAGAAUUUCAGCCAUCUUGACUUUUCUAUUUUCUCCUUUUCUCGUCUAAACGAUCUGGGCUACAAUUACGUAAUUGAAUGAAUUUGCAUAAAGGGAGGGACUAAACUCAGUGAGCCGAUUGAGGUGGAGCUCAGGCACAGCACACAUACAGAAGUGCCUGCAUGGACCUCAGAAUGCUUGACAUGCCUUGAUAUACCUAAUUUAUAGCUUGUAUGAAUGUUCCACUACCAAAAGGAAACAAGUGCUGUAAAUAAUGUGUUCCCUUUGUUUUGUUUUUAUUUAACCUGGCCAAAAAAAAAAGAGAAAAGAAAAAAAAAGGUUUUCCGGGAACAAGAUUACAAACACAGAUAAUGAACUGGUUUUUAUAUUUAUGAACAUCAACAGAAAAAAACACAAUUUGUCUUCUGUAUUUUGAUAUCAUACCAGUACCAGCUUUCAUUUGUAAAGCCGUUUAUGUGACGUUGCGGGGAAACGGGGAGAAAGGACGAGCGGAUUCAGUUUAUGAGUUUGAUGUAAUAAAAUGCAAAUAGAAGAUAACUAUUAAAGAAACAUAUUUUCUAAUUUUUGCAGUGCAUGGUUGAUUGGAAGUUUUUUGUUUUGUUUCGUAUUUUGUAGGAGGCGUUUGUUUUUAUGCUUAUUACUAUUAUGCAUAAUCAUUAUUAGAGUUACAACUAUUAUUAUCAUUAUUAUUAUUCUUAUUAUUACCAAGCCAGAGUCUCUGCUGACUUUUUUCCUAAUCAAACUUUAAUUGUAGCAUGCCUUGAAUAAAUGUCAUGACAUCUGUACUUUC